AUGGCUGCAGGAAAAAAUGGUGCAGAUGACGGAGAAUUAGAAGCACGAUUAAGUCGAACUGCACGAGCUCUUUGGGAACAUAUUCAUGAUCAAGUUCCGUUGUCCGAUGGAAAACGAGACCGAUUAUCUUUAGAUCAAUUUCUUGAUACAUGGGCUAGUCUCAUUGAUCAUAUUGUGAAACAUGGUGCAUUGCCAGGUCUAGUUCAAAAUUUAGUUAAUCUUGGAUUCGAGUUAUAUUCAACAACAGCUGGUCACGAUAAGUCACCUACAAUUCCUGCAUCAGCUUUUGAGCAGCUCUUUGAAAAAAUGAAUCUCGGUCGUUCCUAUGCUCUGAUGUCAUAUAGAUUUCUUACUGAAAAUGGUGUCAAAUCACUGAAUGCUGAUAAAAUCAAUUCAAUCGUACGAGCAGUGAUCACAUCCUCAGAUGAUGGACAUGACUCACAUUUUCUCCUGCCAGGAUUCUUCAAAACAAUAUGGAAUAAGAGCAAAGAAAGAGACGGCUUAAUCCAGUCACCACAACCAGGCCAAGGUAUCACUGGCAAACAGACACCAUCAGCUACCUCUCCAUCGUUUCCACCUCAACAACAAAUACAACCACAACAACCUACUGGGCUACAACAACCAGUUCGACCACAAGAACCAUAUGUGCACCAACACCAAGGUUGGGUACAACAACCAAGCGAACCACAACAUCUAAUGCAACCGCGUCAAUCACAAAACGCUGUAGCUCGCACAAUGGACAAUGAUAUUCGUCGUAUUUUACAAUAUUAUCAUAUAGACGACACUGAUAUCGUUGAAGUGGAUGAUGGACCAGUCCAUCGUCUACUUCUUGUUCAUCCCGAACGACCUUUACCUGCGUAUAUUCAACACGAUGGAAACUUACUUCGACAAUUACAAAUAAAUGAACAAGUUAUGCCAGAAGAAAACAAUACUGACGUCAAAACGGACGAACAGAAGAUCGAAGCCAAACCGGAGGAAAAGAAGAUCGAACUUAAACCAGAAGAAAAGAAAAUCGAAGGCAAACCAGAAGACAAGAAGAUCGAAGCUAAAUCAGAAGUGAAGAAGAUCGAAGUUAAACCGGAAGAAAAGAAAGUCGAAGGCAAACCAGAAGAAAAGAAAGUCGAAGUUAAACCAGAAGAAAAGAAGAUCGAAGGCAAACCAGAAGAAAAGAAGAUCGAAGGCAAACCAGAAGAAAAGAAGAUCGAAGUUAAACCAGAAGAAAAUAAGGUGGAAGUCAAACCGGACGAAAAGAAAGUCGAAGGCAAACCAGAAGAAAAGAAGAUCGAAGUCAAACCGGAGAAAAAGAAGAUCGAAGUUAAACCGGAAGAAAAGAAAGUCGAAGGCAAACCAGAAGAAAAGAAGGUCGAAGCUGAACUACAAGAAAAGAAGAUCGAAGUCAAACCAGAAGAAAAGAAAACUGAAAUGAAACCAGACGAACAGAAGACCGACGUUAAAACAGAAGAAGAGAAGGUCGAAAGUAAACCAGAAGAGAAGAAGGUCGAAGUCAAACUAGAAGAAAAGAAGAUUGAAGUCAAACUGGAGGAACAGAAGGUUGAAGUCCAACCAGAAGAAAAGAAGAUCGAAGUCAAACUAGAUGAACAGAAGAUCCAAGCUAAACCAGAAGAGAAGAAGGUCGAAGUCAAACCGGACGAACAGAAGACCGACGUUAAAACAGAAGAAGAGAAGGUCGAAAGUAAACCAGAGGAGAAGAAGGUCGAAGUCAAACUAGAUGAACAGAAGAUCGAAGCUAAACCAGAAGAGAAGAAGGGUGAAGUCAAACCGGAUGAACAGAAGAUCGAAGCUAAACCAGAGACUAAGAUUGAAGUCAAACCGGACGAACAGAAGAUCGAAGUUCAAGCAGAAGAAAAGAAGAUUGAAGUCAAACCGGAGGAACAGAACGUUGAAGUCCAACCCGAAGAAAAGAAGAUCGAAGUCAAACUAGAUGAACAAAAGAUCGAAGCUAAACCAGAGACUAAGAUUGAAAUCAAACCGGACGAACAGAAGGUUGAAGUCCAACCAGAAGAAAAGAAGAUCGAAGUCAAACUAGAUGAACAGAAGAUCCAAGCUAAACCAGAGACUAAGAUUGAAGUCAAACCGGACGAACAGAAGACCGACGUUAAAACAGAAGAAGAGAAGGUCGAAAGUAAACCAGAAGAGAAGAAGGUCGACGUCAAACCGGAUGAACAGAAGAUCGAAACUAAACCAGAGAAGGAGAUCGACGUCAAACCGGAUGAAAAGAAGGUCGAAGCUAAAGAAGAAGAAAAGAAGACCGAAGUUGAUCUAGAACAGAAGAAGGUAGAAGUCGAACAGGAAAACAAGAUCGAAGUUGAAACAGAAGAAAAAAAGACAGAAAUGAAACUACAGGAAGAGAAGGUCAACCUCAAACCAGAAGAAAUGAAGAUUGAAGUGAAACCAGAGGAAAACAAGAUCGAAGUUGAAACAGAAGAAAAAAAGACAGAAAUGAAACCACAGGAAGAGAAGGUCAACCUCAAACCAGAAGAAAUGAAGAUUGAAGUGAAACCAGAGGAAAACAAUGUCGACGUCAAAUCGGAAGAACAGAAGACCUCAACUAUAACAGAAGAAAAGCUGGUCGACGUAAAGCCGGAAGAAACGAAAACCGGAGUUAAAACAGAAGAGAAGAAGGUCGAAAUUAAAUCGGAGGAAACGAGGACUGAAGUAAAAACAGAAGAAAAGAAGGCCGACGUCGAAAUGGAAGAAAAUAAGAUCGACAUAAAGCCAGGAGAAAAAACGACCGAAGUUAAACCAGAAGAAACGAAGGCCAGAGUUAUAACAGAAGAAAAGAAGGCCGAAAUAAAACCGGAGGAAACGAAGACUGAACUAAAACCAGAAGAAAAGAAGGUCGAAGUCCAACCGGAGAAAACACAGGCUGACAUAAAACCAGAAGAAAAGAAGACCGAAGAAAAACUGGAGGCAACGAAGACUGAAGAAAAGCCAGAAGAAAAGAAGAUCGAAGGAAAAGUGGAGGAAACGAAGACUGAAGUAAAACCAAAAGAAAAGAAGGCAGAAGUCAAACCAGAGGAACAUAAGAGCGAAGUAAAAACGCAGGAGAAGAAGGUCGAGGUUAAUCGAGACGACAAGGAGACCGAAGUUAAACCAGAAGAAAAGAAAGUUGGAGUGGAACCUGAUGAAAAGAAGAAUGAAGUUAAAUCAGAAGAGGAAAAGAUCGAAGGUAAUGGAAAAGAAGAACCGCAAUCACUACUAACUGAAGAAGAAGAAGCAAAAAUUGUAGAAGUUGUCAUACAGCAGUUGUUACCAAUUGUCGAACAAAUGGUUUCAGUGGAGGUUGAGCGAGUCUUGAGUGGUCAAGAUAUUGAAGAUGAUGGGAGUGGUUUGAUACCGUUUCCAUUUAUGUUUUCUGGUAGUGCACCGAUGUUUGUUUCAUCAGAUGAAGGUCCUGCACUAGUUUUCCCGCAACAACAAGAAUCAAGACAUAGAUUCAUGGAAAGUAACUUUGGUGGAGUCUCAACCGAUGCUUCAUUCGUUGGACCCGAAUCAUUUAUCACAAUGAUGCGUAAUUUUACAGGAGGAAGUGCUGAACAUGACAGACCUAGGCUUUCGUCGACUGUUCCACCUCCUCCUCAACGUCCUGCUGGUGCUUCUGGACGGGUUGAAGGUUAG